AUGUCUGAUGGCCGUGCUGUCACCGCGUUGUCGGAUCGUGGGCGUCCUUCGGCCCCCAGUGGUGGAGCAGCCGAUAUCCAGGCCGAUGGUGGGGUUGUCGAUGUUCAAGUUGUCGAUGAGGAGAUCAUCGAUGUGCUGGACAGUGAUCAUGAUGUUCCGCCCGCUCGACGGACCCGUUCUGCCACCAUGACCGCACGCGUUCUUCGCCAGCCGGAUCCCGACACCGAGGACAGCGCCGACGAGGAGCCGGCUCACAGCGACAGCGAUGGGUCAUCCUCGGAUGAAGAUGAACCGAGGCCGGCCAUGCGCCUCCGAAAGCGCGCGCGCCUGGUUACCACCCCGCCGGGCGGGGUCCUUCCGCCCCCUGCCAGCCCCCUGGAUGGGGAUUUCGCGGCGCUCAUCGCCCGCUCUCAUCCACCGGUGGGGAUGCAUCUCAUCCCGGAGCAGCUGCUCCAGCCAACCCAUGUGCCGAACGAGGUGCGCGAGCAGCGGCCCGUGUGGAUGUCCGACACGGGGCGCAUCUUCCUCGAAGUCUUCCCCCGGCGGCGGCGCCCGCACCGGACCGACCACCGGAGCCAUGCAGUGCGGUGCAUCACCGGCCGGGCACCCUCCUUCGGCCGGCUACUACCGCCGCCGGUCUUCGAGACCCCGGAGCAUGUUGACCGGCAUCCGGUGGAGUUCCGCCGCUUCAUCACCACCUUCCUGGCGCAGGUGGCCGAGCCGGUCACGCGGACCGAUCUCAUCCACGAGUACCAGCUGUCGGUCCAGUCAUUGCGAAAUGCGGUGGCCACAUCGGUCCGGAAUGGCGGCUCGCCGCGCGCCACCCGGCGCAUGCUUCGACUGGCCAGCAAGGGGCCGCUGCCGGCGCCGGUGCGCCGAGCCCUGGCACGGGCCGAGGCUCCAGCUAUCCCGGGCAUGGCGCCCCCUAGCGAUCACCCUGCCGGGUCGAGGCUUCCUUGGGGUCGGACGCGAACGGGCUUGCCGGCGGUUCGGCUCUUCCCCUGGCCGCCGCCAGCUGGCUUUCACGCGGACUCGGUGGCACUCGGCGCCCUGUUGUCCACCCUGCCCGAUGCUCCGGCAACGUCGAUGCCCGUGCUGGCCAUUGCCCGGGAGGACAGUGGCCUGGGACCAGGCUCUCCCCUGGUGUCGGCUGGCCAAGGGAGCAUGUGCCUCGCAACAACCUCCCCCUCGGCAAUGCGUCGCAUUCUGACAGACCCCUUCCUGCGGGCUCUUCUCACCUCGUCGGGUGCCGGCUCCGAGGCGCCGCCCCUGUCCGGUGCCGUGGCGGCCCGACACGCCGGACGUGGGUAUGACGCCUCGUCGGCCAGCGACGAUGAUUGGCCGGAUGUCGGGAGUGCCUCGGCCAGUGGCGACAGUGACACCGACCCGGAGCAGGAGCCACCUGCCCGGAGUCCGGCGGCUGGCCUGGAGCCUGGCGGACCUCUGGGCGAUGAGGAUGCCCCAUUGGCCGAUGCGCAGGCCGGCCCAUCGCCCGGCACCGGGGCAAAGCCCUUCAGUCUGGAGGCCCUCUUCUCGGGGAGCAUCGAUUUCUUCGCCCAGGACCCGGUCCCUGGCCCGGUCGCCGGUGACCAUGUCCCCUCGGCGGAUGCCUGGCUGGCUGAUGAUCCGGAGAUUCGAUUCCUGCGUCAGCGCCUUGCCCUGGACUCCGGGACAGGCUUGGAUGCCCUGCUUGGCGAGGCAGCCGCACCGGAACGCAUCCACUCUUGGUGGCAUGUGCACCUGACGCGGUCGUCGCAGCGGGCUUUCUGCGUCGUCAUCGCUGCCGAGCAUUUUGAGGCGGUGCUCUUGCGUGUGCGCUUUCUGGGCAUCGGUCCGGCCUGGUGCCCGGAGCCACCGCGAGACCUGGUUAACUCGCUGGUGGCCCGGGAGGCCGAACGCCCGGCCGCAGCGGGAAUUGGCGGCCUCCGCGCCCCUGCCCCGUGCAUCCCCCUGCCGAUCAGUCUCAAGGCGUCGACCAAACUCCGGCCACAUCAGGUGGCUUGCCUGGAGGCCAUCUUCUCCGGCAACCGCGCCAAGUCCGGUGUUGUGGUCCUCCCGUGUGGCGCUGGCAAGACCCUGGUGGCCAUUGCGGCGGCCUGUGCCUUGCGGCUGAGCACCAUGGUUUUGUGUCAUUCGCAACUCGCCGCCACCCAGUGGCGAUCCGAGCUCCUGCGUUGGGCUGAUGUCGGCGCCAGCAUCGAGGGCCGCGCAGCCGGCGCCCCCGGCCCAAUGCGGUCGGCCUAUCGGAGUCUGAAUGCCGAUGAUCGGGUGACCAUUUGGUCCAGUUCUUCCGGCAAGCGGACGUUUCGCGAUGCUGGCUUCCCCUCGGGCGUGCUGAUCAGUACCUAUCAGACGGCCUCCUCUCGAAGCUCCGGCCACUAUCAGAGCCAGCCCGGGAAUGAGGCCGGCCUGGACUCGGCUCUGCUGCGCUUCGCGCGAACCGUGGACUGGGGCUUGCUGGUGCUGGACGAGGUCCAUGUCUUGCCGGCGCACACGUACUCCCGAGCGGUGGCGCGCAUUCAGGCGCGAGUGAAGCUCGGCCUGACGGCGACCCUGGUCCGAGAGGAUGGCCGCCUGGGGCGCAUCCGGCAUCUGGUCGGGCCACGCCUGUACGAGGCCAACUGGAUGGACCUGGCUCGUGGGGGGGCCAUUGCUCGGGUCAAGUGCCUGGAAGUGUGGUGCCCCAUGUCGCGAGGGUUCUUCCGGGAGUAUCUGGCAGCCCUGUAUGGCACGGGUGGUCCAGCCGCCCUGGGAUCCUCCUCGCCAGGUGGCACUCCCUCCCGGGGUCCUGGGGCCGGGCGCCGGGCCACACGCGAUGCCCUGGUUGCACUGUGCCCCAGUAAGAUCCACGUUCUGCAGGCACUGUUGCAUCGGCAUCGGAAUGACAAGACCGUCAUCUUCGCGGACUCGGUCUACUCCCUGAGGCAGUUGGCACGCCUGUUGCGCCUGCCGCUGGUCGACGGCGGUGUGGGGGAAAAUGAGCGCCGGCGACGCCUGCAGCGUUUCCAGUCGGAUCCCUCCUGCCGGGCGAUCUUGGUCAGUCGAGUGGGGGACACUGGCAUCGAUCUUCCCGAGGCCCGGUGCCUGAUCCAGGUGGGUGCGCAAUUUGGGUCCCGCCGGCAGGAGGCCCAGCGUUUGGGACGCAUCCUUCGUGCCAAGGGGUCGUCGGCAUCUGCGGCCCGAGCGGCCCGAACCGGCGGCAGCAUGGCCGACACCCUGCGCGGCGCCCUGGACGAGGCGCGGCCCGAUGGCAAUGGGCUGGUUGGCCUCACGGGCGGCCGAGGCGGCCUCGGCGAGGUGGGAUCUGCCGGGCUCAGCCCGGCAUCCGCCUCCCCUGAUGCCGGUCUGCUGGGAGCCGGCGGGCGGGCUUGGUCUUCGGCGGCGGCGGCGGCGGCCGCCGCGCGGGCCAUCGCCCAAAGUGACGCCUCCAUCAGCUCGGCCUUCCUGGAGCCCGUGAGCCCGCGAUCGGCCGCCGGGGAUGGGCCCAGCUCGCCGGCGGCAGCGUCAGCGGCCGGUCCGCCGACCACCCCUCUUCGGCUGGGGGCCUCAGCGCCUCGGGGCCCGGGAUCACCGAGCCCCGGGGCCAGUCCCUCGCCCGGAGCCGGCAGCCCCGGAAGCGGCAGCAGUGCCAGCUCAUGUCACAUUACACGAACGGUCGGAGCCACGGCCGAUUUGCUGGAUGUGACGACCCCCGGGGCGGAGGCCUUCGAUGCGUGUUUCUAUGCCCUGGUGGCCACGGAUACGCGCGACGCGCGCGACGCCAAGCGCCGGCGGCGGUACCUAGCCGAUCAGGGAUACGCCUUUGAGGCGCUCCCGGCGGCGGCCAUCAUCAAUGAGCUGGCUCCGGCGGAGCUCCGGCGGCUGGCUUGUCGCGGGGAGCGAGCCCAGGCCAUCCUCCUGCGGGAUAUCACUCGUCUCGAGGAGGUGGACUUUGCUACGGCCCAGGCGGCCGACCUGUUUGACCAGACCGCUGGCGCUGGCGCUAGCGCAGCCGGGCCCACAUCUCCCGAUGGGGGGUCAGUCCGCGGGUCGGCCUUCACGGUUCGCAGCGCCGGAUCGUUGAGUCAGGCGUCCGGUGCCGGGGUGGCAUUUUACACGGAAGACGCUGGCAGGGGGUCUGCCAUGCUGGCGGAGUCUCCGGCGGGCCUGGAGGGAGCCGAAAGUCUGGAGGCGCCCGAAACCCCGUCAUCACGCCGGCCAUGAGACGUGGUCCCCUUGUUGUCGGCCAUCAGCCGGUUGUUCUGCGCUGAGCGCUGUCAAAUGGCCAAUAAAGCAGCCCACCCUGGA